ACGUCCUCUCCGUACUCGCAAUACCUCAUACUUCGCUUCGGUAAGCGGCGUGUUUCGCACAAAAGUUGAAAACCUUUGAACAUCGUCACGAUUCGUUCGCAUCGCAUACCGCAUACCGCGCGCUGCAGCCGUGCCAGCUCAUCGUCUUCAUCAUGGCGCUCAGCCUCACGGGAGAGAAAUCACCAACACCACCGCUGCCGGAAAGCCAGUCGCCUGAAAAACCUGAUGGUCCAGCCUCUCUAGUUGACCAAACGCCGACUCGUCGGUCAACACGCCGGAUCAAGCCCACGCGACUCUCUCCGACAGUAACGAAGCCCGCGCCUCCUGAGCCAACACACACCACCAGAGAGACCCGCCGGAAUCCCAAGAGAAAGGCUGCUGAGCCUUCAAAAACUCUUCCUCGGUUGCCUGAUAACCUGCUGGUAGAGGCUCUGCGACCACUUAAGCCUGCAGAGAUCGAAGAGUGGGAGGGAUGGGUCGAGUUGGAGUCGGAGCCAGCGUUCUUCAACAUCAUUCUUCGGGACUUGGGAGUAAAGAAUGUGAAAGUGCAAGAGGUCUACAGCCUGGACCAGGCGUUGAUGGACAUGAUGCCCAAACCGGUGUUUGGUCUUGUGUUUCUAUUUCAAUACCAUCCGAUGCUCGACGAAAGGGAGGAACAAGAAGAUUCCGAGGAAAGCCCAUGGUUUGCGAAUCAGACCAUACACAACGCUUGCGCCACCGUUGCACUGCUCAACAUUGUCAUGAACGCCCCAGACGUCGACCUGGGCCCGCAACUUGAGUCCUUCCGUGAAUCAACCCGAGAGCUGAGCACUGCUCUGCGUGGUCAUCGCCUCAGUUCCAACAAGUUCAUUCGGAGUACGCAUAACUCUUUCUCCCGCCGCAUGGACCAUCUGAAUGCAGACCUGUCCUUGGAGAAUGAGUCAAGAGCGUCCAAGACGAAGAAGUCACGGACAAAGGCAGCGCCCAAGAAACGGAAGCUCAAAAAUCUGGAUGACUACGCUUUCCACUUCGUCGCAUAUGUGCCAUGGCAAGGACACGUCUGGGAACUAGAUGGGCUACAGACAAAACCUCGCAAACUGGGGCCUGUGGAUUCAGACGACUGGACAACAGUUGCACGCCCCGAAAUCGAAGCUCGCAUGCUUCAGUAUGAGGACAGCCAACUCCAGUUCAGCCUCCAAGCGCUAUGCCAGAACCCUUUGACUUUAUACGGCGCACGAGUAGCCGAGGGGCUCGCAUCACUGCAAGCGAUUGAGACCACAGCUCGCUCGCGACAUGCAACAUGGCAACCUCUCUCCACGUUGGUUUCUGAGGAGGAGCUGCCGUCUUUCCUCGCGGAUCUCCGGCUUGACGCGGACACAGUGGAGAGAGCAUCCGUACCGCAAACUAUUCAUAACCGCCUGGAGAAAGUAGCAACAGAUGACGAGGCGCAGCUACUGUACGAAGAGAUCGUCAAGGAGACGAAAGCCACUGUUGGCGAGUAUCGGGCGGAGCUUCUGUCGAUGGCAGAGGAUGAGCAGCGCGUCAAGGGACGGAGGAAAAACUACGGGCCUACGCUCCACAGAUGGGUCACGAAACUAGCAGAGAAAGGAGUUCUGGAGGGCAUGGUAUCCUCAUGAGGCUUGAUCAGGUCUCAAAGCUAUGAUAAGGGGGCUUGUAUACAAGGCUCAAUCAUCGGGGAAAAGCUCCCGAACAUUCGAUACGAACCUGCAUGCCCUCUCAUCGAAGCGCUUGAAGAAUUUGCCUGCUUUU